AUGGCCGACCCGGCCUACUAUUGCCAUCAAUGCCAGCGGCAAGUGCGAUCACAAGGCUCGGACUUGAAAUGUGCCGACUGCGGCGGUGAAUUCAUCGAAGAGCUGACGAACAACCCAUACUUCCAAGUGGUCCGGCACGCAGCGCCCCAUGGUCACGCUCAUGCUCAUGCUCACUUGCCGCAUGCUCAUGCCCAUGCUCACGGCCACUCCCACAUGAUCUUUCCUGGACCGCCCCAGGCGGCUACCGGUACGUCGUUUACCACGCCCGCCCGGCGCGUCUGCUUCACCGGGAUUUACGUUCCAUGUUCGACAACAUCCGGCCCCUGCCGGCAAUGCUCGUCAACGGCACCGCCCGAUGCAACAGCGCCACCACAACCCGGGCCGGCUGCACCGGCGCAAGAGAACUCGUUAAUGGGACUGAUUGGACAGGUGAUGAACCAGAUAACCAGCCAUGUUACUGGCCGCGCCGCAAACCCGCCGCAGCAGCCACCGGCUCCUCGACAGCCUGCCCAGCCUCAGCCUCAGCAGCAACAGCAGGCGAACAUUCCUCAAGCCCACCGCCCUCCGAAUCAGCACACCUACCAGAUCCCCGGCAAUCGACGCGUCAUUUUUGCGGGCGGUCAGCCUCCGGAAAAUAUGCUCGCGAACAUCCUUGGUGGACUCGGUGGAGCGGAAAACGUCACGCUGCACCUCAACAUUCAGGCCCAGCCGGGUGCUGGCGGAUCGGGUAUGUUCGCUGGUAACAUGGACUUGGCACAAGGCAUCGACCUCGACCACAUCGUCACGACGUUGCUGAAUGGCUUCGACGGCCCGCCGCCGGCUGAAGGCCUAACUGCCGCUGAAAUUGAACGGAUCCCCAGGGCGACGGUUACCCAGGCACAAGUCGACAACGAGACGCAAUGCACGACCUGCAUGGACACCUUCCGAUUAGAUGAACCGGUCCUUCAGCUGAACUGCAACCACAUCUUCCACCGCGACUGCCUGGUGCCCUGGUUUGAGCGCCACCGGACGUGCCCAAUUUGUCGUCAGGAAGUUGAUUCGACUACUUGGCGCCCUCCUCCACCGCCGGCCGCCAUGGACGACUACAUGGACCUUGAU